ACGUCAUCACAAGGACGUACACACGGCAGCAAGUCAAGAAGGCACGCAGUUUUGUGGGGAAUUCCUUACAAUUUUACUGCCUUACAGACUGGAAGCUGUUUGUUUUGGACUGCUUAAAGGUAAAAUACAUCUAAUUCGAGACAAUGAGUGAGUCUUUUGUUAACGAAAACGUCCCUGUCAUUCAUGAAGUACCGGCUGACGAUGACAAUUCACAUCAACAGACGGUAGAAGAAGUAAACAACGUGGCUGCCUCUCCCUCCCUCGUGGCCCCGUUUCUUCGCGUUGAGCAAAUCAGAGAUGAAGACGGCACGAGCUCUGUGUACACGAGCGAGGAGGAGGGAGACGUGGACAGGGAAAAGUCCCCCGAGCCCGAGUUUCAUUCUCCCACCGAUGAAUUACGUGACAAAAUAAUUAAACAGGUUGAAUUCUACUUUUCUGAUGCCAACAUAUUGAAGGAUGCAUUUUUGUUAAAACACGUCCGGAGAAAUAGACAGGGCUAUGUAAGCAUCAAACUUAUUACUUCUUUCAAGAAAGUGAAGUCUUUAACGAAAGAUUAUCGAGCUGUGGCGUACAGUUUGAGACAAUCUGAUCAUCUUGAAGUGAAUGAUGAAGGCAAGAAGGUGAGACGGACAGACCCACUGCCUGAAUAUGAUGAAACAACACCAUCACGCUCUGUUGUUGCGGUUAAUCUUCCCAUGGAGGUGCCAUCAAUUGAAAAUGUAGCUGAACUUUUUUCAAAGUGUGGUGAGGUUUCAUUGAUUCGUAUCUUGCGCCCUGGCAAGAGUAUACCACAGGAUGUCAAAAAAUAUGCAGCAAAACAUGGUGAAAUAGGUACCACUGUCUGUUGUGUUGUAGAAUUUGAAAAACAUGAGUCUGCUAAACUUGCCUGUGAUACAAUGACAGAUACUGAGGAUUGGAGGAAAGGUAUGCGAGUCAUGCUUCUUGCUCCUCAAAAAAGGAAAGAAAAAAAGAAGGAUAAAGAAGGAAAUGAAGAAAACGAAGGCGAAGAUGGUGAGGAAAAUCAUGAAAAGAAAAAGAAAAGAAGAGAAAGGAGGAAGAAAAACCGAGUUGACGAACUUGCACGUGAAAAUGAUUCAUCUUAUGCUAGUAGUGGGUCAGAAGGUGAUAUUCCCACUCCUGUAAAGCACACUAUUGCACACCAUCAAAAGUCGCUCAGUCCAAAUCAUUUGGACCCCAAUAAAUUAAGCCCAUCAACCUCACCUCGUUCUAGUCCAAGAUCUAGUCCACUGACAAGCCCAAGAUCCCGUCGCAGAAAUCAACAUACUAAAUCACCUCUGACACAUGGAAGUCCUAGCAAUAGUCCAAGGAACAGCCCUAGAAGCAGUCCAGAGAUGAGCAGAAAGAAUUAUGAUUACUCUUCAGGGGGAGAUAGUACUCCUUCUAGUCCUUGGGUACAACGCAGACUUAAGGCUGCUCAAGAAAUCAGUCCUCUGGCCAAUCAAACAAGCCCUGGACGCAGUCCGAAUGGGAAACACCACCUAUUGGACAUGGAAGGAGUGAUGCGACAACCCAAAGGUCCAGAUGGUACUCUCGGAUUUCAUCUUGGACGUGGUAAACCAAGGAGCAGCACAUUUUCAUAAAACAUGAAAUAUGUACCGAUAGGGGAGUAAAAUAAUUAGUUAAUUAUGCAUUUAUCAUGAGGUCUUUUUGGCAUAAUUUCGUCAAGCAGCUUUCCAUUAAAUGAAGUGUAGUACAUAUGCCUAGAUAAUGUAUUAUAGUAAUUGAUGAAGUAUUCUGUCAAGAUUUUUUACGCCCUUACAUGCUGUAAAUUGAGUUCAAAUAUGAAAUCUUGAUACAUUCAAGUUUUGUUAAGUUACACGGUAUCUGCUGGUGCUAAAAGUGCACUUAAAUAUUUUGUUUUGAAUUUGUUGCCAGUCUCAAUAUAAAUGAAACAUAUUUUUGCUUCAUGAAGCGUUUAGAGAUCACAUCGCCAUCAUAUGUAAACUAGAUUUAAACUGUGAAAAUACUGAAGGAGAAAAAAGGAAAUGAUUCUCUCCAUGGUGGAGUUUUACUUCAAAUGUUGUUUGAGAUUUUAAAACAGCUUUGUAAACACAGUCAGACUAUUUCGCUAUGUGCUGCAUUUUCAAAUGGACAUUAAGGAUCUCUGUUAGCCAACUGAGGUCCUAAAUGUCACCCUGGUACAACGUAGUAUUCGCUUCAUACUACUUGGCUAGGGAGAAUUUCUCUAACUCAUUCAGUAGAGUGUAAGACUAGUAAGCCAGAGGUCUCAUGUUCGACUCCUAGCGGAGGCAUUGAAAAAAUGAUGACCUCUAUUACGUUGGUGCCCACAGGUGGACCCGUAGAAUAAUGACCUCUGUUACAUUGGCACCCAAUGUAGGGCCCGUGAAAUAAAAAGGAAUCGUUAUGACCCCUAGAAAACUUGGGACAGGUCUUUCCUUGAGGGGGAAUAUGUCAUUCAAUCUGGUACAAAAAACUAACCGCUUCCUACCGACUCGGCUAGGGAGAAUUUCUCCUUAGCUCAUGCGGUGGGGCGUAAGACUAGUAAAGCCAGCGAUCAUGGGUUUCGACUCCUGGUGGAGGCAUUGAAAAAAUAAUGACCUCUGUUACACAUACAUAUAUAUACAAUGUACAGACCUCUUGAUUUGGAAAAAAAAUCCCAAAAAGAAAAUUAGUUUCCGAGUCAUUCCCAACAUGGGCUUUUUCAAUAUUUUCACAUGGACAAUCCAUGAUAACAGAUUGAUCUUGCUACUGGAAGCCUAGGUGGUAUAAAGUGGCAAAUAGAUUAUAAGUUGUUUAAAACUAUAUUAAAUACAUAUCUGCGAUAAAUCGUAUGCCUGUUCCAAAAGAAUGAUGGACUUGACAACAGAUUUAUUAGUGACAAUCUUAUGAUGUUACUUUAUCAAAAGUCUAAUAUAUACUGUACAAUACUUUUGUAGGUUUAUACAAUUUAUGUUAUUGAUCAGUUUUUAUGUGAACCCUGUUUUUGUAUCAAAGAAAUGUCUGCAAGUGAUCCAAACUAUUUAACAGUUAAAUUGUCUCCCUUUCCUUUGUGUUACCAAAUGAAUUGCUUGGGUUCCUUUUUUGAAAGGGCAAGCACUAUCACUGUUGACCAUUACUAUAAGCCUGUUUAUAUUAAAUCGACAUGCAUUGAUAUACAUGCAUUGAAGCUUACUGCCAUUUUCAUAUUUCAGAACUUGUUAAUCAUUUAUGAAAACAACUUUUUUCAAUACUGUUAAACUUCAUU